AUGAAUUAUAACAAUUACAAUUCUGGGAAUGUAAAUUUCCAAGCUCAAGAGGCCGACAAUUGUUUCAAACAGGUUCUUCCUCGUAACCAAAACGUUAAACCGCCUUCAUCACAGACCGCUCAGUUUCAUCCGUUUUGUUUCAAUAAUCUACCGCCAGAAAACAAUACUGGUGAUAAAAAGGUUAACACAUUUUGGAAUCAAGAUCACUUGCCAAACAACGUUAAUGGUGCAUGGAGCUUUUAUCAAACUCAAAGAUCUCUUGAACCCUGGCAACCAAACGAUUUGAUCUACGAACAUCCACUUUCAUAUCAAGACUCCUCGCCUUUGAAUGAAAAUAGUUACAAGUAUUAUACUUGCUCUGGAUUUUUACCACCGUGCUUGGAACACCAAUCGCCAAAUCAGUUGUUGAAUAAUUUACAGAAUCAGUUGCUGAAUCGAUCGCCAAAUCAAUUGCCGAAUCAAUUGCCGAAUCAAUCGUCGCAACAAUCAUUUAAUUAUCUCGGCCAAAAUCACUUAGUACACAACAAUUGUCAAUUAUAUCCGUUUACAGCUAAUGCAAACCAACAAACCAAUAUACAAAUCGUAAAUACUACACCUGAAAACCACGGCCGAAAAUUCAAUAAUAAUAAUUAUCCUAUUUCAACAUCUAAUUUUGAAUCGUUAUUCAAAGCACCUAUAGCAGAGGAUAAUACAAAUAUCGUAAAUUCAUACAACGUCGGCCCACGCAACAAUUCUAACACAUCAAAAAAUAGUUUGGAUAUUGAUCAGAAAAUUAUCAGUCAAUCAUUACAUCUUUCAAAAUUGGCGGAAACAAUCGAGCGUUACUCGCCACCGCAACAAUCCAAUACAGAGACACAAAAAAAGAAUCUUGUCAAACUGCCAUUUAAUAAAUCAUUCAAAACGUCACCCACGUCGACUAACGCACGUAGCAUCGCUGCUACCAAAACGGAAUUGGCUCCUAACAAUUCACUGAAUAAUAAUUAUGCGCCGUUCUCGUUCUUAAGCGAAAAGACAAACACAAAACUUCAUGCCGUAAACCCAAUAAGACAGCUAUUGAGCAGUGAAUCAGUUCAAGUACAGUCUCAGUCUAAGUCGAAUUUGUUACGACCUGUUUUAACAAAGCAGAUUCCAAGUGACACCGCUAGCAAAAACAUUUACGAGAAUAACAACAUCAAAAAUAAUAAUAUCAUUAACAAGAAUAACGAUUAUUCCGUGAAUCUUUAUUCAAAUAUUCUCGGUUAUGAUUUAAAUACUCCGCUAAAUCAAGGGAGGCAAGAAAUAUAUGCAUCGUUCAAUAACUCGCCCGUGAUAUCAGACAUCAAGAACAACACGGGUUCCUUACACUUAAAAGACAAAAAAGAGCUAGCCAAAUUAGACGAAAAGAUCGUGGUACAGGAUCUAGCGGAUUUAGAGGAAGAGCUUGCAACGGGCAGGAUAAGACGUGACAAAGAAAUUGUUCCCACCAUUGACGGAGCCAAUGUUCCGGAGAAAAUCAUCGCACAGCUGAGAGCUCUGUCCGAUAAAGAAAGCUCCGACGACUUUCCACUGUCGGAGAACGCGAGCGUGUUGCAGCUGGACACAAUUUCACCGAUAUCGGACAUCGGGACAGAUAUGAAAUACGAGACACAGUCGGGUCCGCCGACAGCGCCGUCUCAUUUGAGCGCUCCCGGCGUCGAGCCGCCGCAUAGUAGCCAAGGCUCCAGCAUCGUGGUGGGUGGCUCAACCGAAGUAGUCGGCGUGGACAGUUUGUUGCUGUCGUCAUCUUGGAGCGCGAACGGAUCGGAAUUCUUGGAGGAAGGAAUUUCGGAUGCGAAGCCAACAGCAGCCGGACUACAGGAUUCCUGGGAGACAAUCCUCUUGGGAACAGCGGUCGGUACGCCUCCGCAAUCAUUGGCGGAACUGAAGCCGCUCCCGCCUUUCAACGAAUUACACGGACGAAAUUAUGCAGGACAUCUUAUCAACGGUAUACCUGGUAUACAUUAUAAUGCGAUAGCCUCAUCUGUUCAGAAAUCAUCGAUACCAUCCACAUCGCCUACACCGUCUUCUAAUCAGGAAUAUUAUGACUCGCCUGUGGUAUCUUCAAGUACGCCGUGCACAGGAAGUCAAAAACAGCAACAACAGCACCAAAAUCAUCACCAUCACCAACAGCAGCAACAUCAUCAGCAACAGCAGCAGCAGCAGCAGCAGCUGCCGCAAUCGACGCAAGAUGUUUAUGAUCUUUCUUCUGACGAUCUCGCAGAAAUUAUUGGCAUUGGUUGUGCGAUAGCAGCAGAUACAACAAGCAGCGGAAAUGGACCUAGCCCAGAACAAGAGGCUAUGAUGGCAGAUGCCUCGAAGGAGUGGAUGGAAAAUUUUGCCCAGUUGUUCGAGGAUGCGCACACUUCUCCGCUCAAGACUCAAGAGACAACAUCGCUCGGUGGUCCACAGUACCCCACGGUAUAUGUCGCAACGCCACCUACACAGCCGCAGCAGCAUAGCGGAUCCACGUUGCAGAAUCUGCUUACACAAAAUUAUACACCUUUAUUGCAGGCAAGAUUGCAGGCAGGCAACGCUAACCUUCAGAACACAUCUUGUGGUGAAACUCCAUCAUCAACUAGCCCUUACCCGCCGCUCAGUCCACCUAACAGGGUAUCAACAUCUUGUAGUCCCGACGAUAUCUUACAUUCAUCUUUUCCCGCUCCUUCGCAUCCUAGGAAAAGAUCACGUUCUUCGCCAGGCUCUGGUCAGAACCCAAAUAAGAAGGGCCCCGCUGCUGGUGCUGCGGCACUACCGUACGGUUGAACUCAUUUAAUUCAAUCAAUCAUGAGAUGUAUAACUCAAAAUUAUGAAAAAUUAUCUGCCUACAAUAAUAUGUGACCAUGAAGAAAGUUAUCAAGUUUACGAUAUGUAUUGUGAUCAAAUUGAUUUAUUAUCAAGAUUGUACGUAUACACAUUUUACGGUGAAAAAAUAAGUAAUUCCUAUGGAAAGUUUAUAAAAUCAUUAGAUUUCUCACACCACUUCUGACACUUCUGUGUAUAAAUUUCUCUGAUAGAUCAGGUGCUGUUUUUCUUUACGUGAUUUUGUACUGAUGUUCAUUGCGAAAAAUAGCACAGAACCACGCAAGAAAGAUAAUCCUUGAUCUAUCAGGGAAAUCCAGCAGAGCAUCCAAUAGCGUAGCCAGCAUGAGAGCAAACGAUUCAGCAAGCAAAAAUACAUCGUGUUCUAUUGGUUUUAUAUUAAUUAGUAUAGAUUACCCGGUAAAAAAUUUUUCAUAU